AUGAAUGCUGCUCUGCUCGCGUUAAAACCCCGGCACACAGCACAGCUCGAACGCGCUCAAACUUCGGUCGGUCUACAAGUGGCGAUCACGUCUGUGUUUAAUUCUUGUCUCUUGUACUCUGACGGAGCGAUGGCUGAAUCGAAGGGGAUUCCUCCCAAGAAGGCCGGUCGGGCGAGGAUUCUGCAAACGAAACAACAUGACACUUGUCUCCGCCUGAUCCAGGCCGUCAAGAUUAGGCCGGUCCUCUACAACUCGAAACGAAUCGAGUACAGAAACAUGGAUCUCAAGCAUACAGCAUGGAGCGAGGUGCAGGAUGUCGUCAAAAUGGCUUCAAUCGCCUCGUGCCAGAAGCUCUGGAAAACUCUCCGCGAUCGCUUCAUAAGGGAGCUUCGCGCAGUGGAGAAUUCCGAGAGAGCUGGGAAGAAAUCGAAGGACGAGCCCGCCUCCUCGUGGCCGUAUUACGAACGCUUAUCCUUCUACAAAGAUUGUGGACGCGCCCCGAGGACCUACACGCGCUCACGAAAGCCGCGUAAUUCCGUAACGUCGGUCUCAUCUAACGAUGACAGCAGAGAUAAUUCAAGGAACGCAGCAGCCCUGGCUUCGAAUUCCAACUCGCCGGUGCUCGUGAAUGCACCCUCUCCGACUGACUUACCCUCCACUUCACGCGACUCGAACUCGAACCCGGCUCCGCCGGCGGUCGCUGAGCUGUCGGUGGCGGCCGACGCACAGAUUUGCACGGUGUCCCCGGCUGUUCAGGGACCGGCGAGCUCUACUCCUCUCGCAGAGGUUAAGCCACUCGUGUCGGUGUCUCCCGACCUCAUCGAUAUGAGUCCGGAAGCUACAGCGGCUCACAGGGCUUUCAUAGAGGAUGUGAUGCACAGAGCCUCGAACCGUGAUUCCGGAGUUGCUCCAAGACUCAACCAAACGGUUGAUCUUCCGAUCGCCACUCCCGCACGACGAAUUCCUCUCCGAGAGUGCCCCCCGAACAUCCCGUUCCAGGCCAAGAUUGAACAGGAGCCCGUUUGGCGACUGUCAGAUACCGGAACUUGCGGCAUAGUGCAAUACGGCAACGAUGAAAAUCAUCACAACAACAAUCAGGUGCUCGGAGUAAAUGAACAGGCUCUAGAUCUGAGCCGUGAUGUGUCCGGAUCACAACCGUUCAGCGCGAUCGUUCAGAGUCCCGUGCCUCGGUACCUGCCGGCGGCCGUCUACGAACACGAUCAGGGGACCUCGGUCCGUGAAGGAAAACCGCUGGAUGCAGUGAUUCAAGAGUGUUCCACUAGGAAACGCAAAUCUGUGAUGAACGGAAGCGCUGCAAAGAACGCUCGCACGGACGACGAAGACGAACUCUUCGCAUUGUCGCUCGUCCCCGCCCUUAAACGUCUUAGUGAACAAGAGAAGUCCAUCUUGAAAGUGAGAAUCAUGCAGAAUCUAGCCGAAGCUGCAUGUGGCAAGCUUACCCAAAUUUAGGUAGCCACAACCACCAAAUACCCGGCCCAGACAACCCACACACGUUAUAAGAAGUUAAACCUCCUAUUUAUGAACCACCACGAUCUCAAAGAAGAACGCCCUGAAAAGCUCUAGUUUCCACGCUGAGUGUUGACGAAGCGACGAAGUAUUGGAGAUUAGAGCUUGGCUUAACUUAUCUCACAAAGUUCCGAUCUUGAGGAGAGCUCCUCGAAAAAAAAACUCGUUCAGCAAAAACUAAAAAAAAAGAAACGAUCCCUGCCGGCCUAAAAAGAAAAACAAAAACAGCGUCGCGAGUGGGAACGCGGCAUUCACCCUCAUUACGAAAUGAAGUGCCCGAACCCACGAGAGCUGACCUGAUUUCCUCGACGAGACGAUCACCGAUGAGACCCUCAGGGUCGCCAAGGAUGUUUGGGGAUCGCUGAAUCGGUCGUCAUCAUAAUAGAAUCAGCUUUGUAGCCAUCAUCCGCUGGGUACAAACUCGUAUUCUACAUCGCAAGAUCUCAUCAUGUGCUUUAUAUAUACGCUUCGGACUCUCUAGACUUCGUGUCGGUGUAUCAGAGGAUACACCGACCCAACGUCUAGGGUGUAUCCUCUGAUACACCGAGUAAGUUAAUGUACUUUUGUUACCCUUUUCAUUCUUUAAGUAUUUUUCGAUUAAUAAAAACGUCUUCGAGACCCCAAGGAUCAGAGCAAACAUUCCCGAGGCCCCCUGCCUCCGUAACACUCGCCGUUCAGAAGCGAGUUCUUAUAGGUAUUUAGGUAUGUCUACACACAUUUACCGCC